UGGAACCUCGUUUCCAUUUAGCUAGUUCUUUAAGACAGUUUGAUAUUACGUUUCCAUGCAGAAGAAUUUUUUUUUUUUUUUUUUUUUGCUAAAAUGAUGUAUGCAGAACAUAUUCCCGAAUGCAUGUUCCAACCAAGUCAAAGAUCUUCAUAGGUUUUAAUGCAAUCUCAAAAUUUCUAACAUACCAAAAAAUAUAUGAGAAAGUACGUUUAAAAGCUGCUCAUGAGGGUAAAUGGUUUGUCUAUAAGUCUAUAACCAUUCCUGAAAUUUUGGGUCAUAUAAACCAUUUAUUAAGAAUUUUAAUAAAUAAAAAAAAAAUUAUGAAUUUGAAUACUUAUGUUUAUAUAAAUUUUUUUCAAAAAAUUUAGAUAUCAGAAACAAAUGUUUUAUUCGACUUUGCCCAUGAUCAGUCUAAGCUAAAUUCAAUAGUCAUUCACCAAACAAUUGCACAUAUAUAUGAAUCUUCUCACAUAAAACCCUAACCCUUGAGGACUCUGUUAACCACCGUCUACAAGUUUAUCAUCUUCGCCGUCAAAAAGUAAAAACAAAAAAAAAAAAUCCUAAUCUGCCAAUAAAGUAGACUCCAGCCGAUCUUUUUACUUGCGACACAAGAUAAUAUAAUAUAUCUAAUUAUUCAGAACCUACCUUGCCUCGCAAACAAAGACAGAAAGCCAACCUACCUUGCCUGUAAGCCAUUCUAUAAAUUGCUGUGUUUGGCGGCGUUGGGGAAAAUAGUGUAAUUGAGAUUUGACUGAUUUUGCCUAAGUAAGAUAACAUGUUUAAUUAAGAUGAUAUGGCAAUUUGAUUGGUUGUGAUAUAUUUGUGUUGAUGUGGCAGCUUUUUUAGAAGCUAAGAAAUUAGUGCCUUUUAUAAAUUGGAGAUAAUAUAUGGAAAAGUUCUAUUUUAUUGUUUUUGUUAAACCCUAAAGCUGAUGGAAGCCAAUAUCAUGAGAUCGUUGAUGGGUUGUACCUCCUUCACGCCGUCGGUUCUCAUCCAAAAAGGAGCCAUCAUCCCCCGCCGAUGCAUCUACCAUCUCUGCUUAAGGACAGCUGUGUCCGCCCAUGGCUCCUCUUCUGAUGCAGCUAUGGUAAUUGAUAAACAGAAGGUUGCAGUAGACAUCUUACAUGAGAUCAGAACGGAAGUCUCAAGAAUGAAGGAAUCAAUUGGCAUGGUUCCUGGAUUAGCAGUACUCCAUGUUGGGGACACAAAACUCUCCACACCUUAUUGGGCACCUUGUGGAUUUGUUGGCAUCAGAUCAUUUGAAGUUCAUCUAGCCGAAGAUACGACAGAAGAGAAGACGUUGGAAUGUGUCUCAAGCUUCAACGAUGAUCCUUGUGUCCAUGGCAUCCUUGUUGAGUUGCCUCUACCAACGCAUAUGGAUGAGCACAAGAUAUUAAAUGCGGUUAGUAUAGAGAAAGACAAAGGAUUUCAUCCAUUAAAUAUUGGACUGCUUGCUAUGCGCGGAAGAGAACCCUUUUUCCUUCCACAGACUCCAAAAGCAUGCAUCGAGCUGUUACACCGGAACAACAUUGAGAUCAAAGGAAAGAGAGCUGUUGUUAUCGGCAGGAGUAACACUUUUGGUAUUCCAGCUGCUCUAUUACUGCAGAGAGAAGAUGCAACUGUUACCAUUAUCCAUUCAAAAACCAAGAACCCUCAAGACAUUACAAGACAAGCUGACAUCAUAAUCUCUGCCGUUGGUAAACCAAACAUGGUCAGAGGAAGCUGGAUAAAACCGGGAGCAAUCAUCGUCGAUGUUGGGAUUAGUUUUGUUCGAGACCGAACUGCUCCUGAUGGCUUUCGAUGGGUCGGAGACAUUUGCUAUGAGGAGGCUUGCGAAGUUGCAUCAGCUAUCAUAACUGAUGUUGGUGGCGACGGACUACUGGAAUCAGACAUGCUUCUAUCGAACAUUUUGACAUCAGCCAAGAGAAUUCACAAGUUCCUGUGACCUUAAAAUUUAUGCAUAAUUUCUUUUCAGUUUUGUUAAAUCUUAGGUUUUCUUCUGGUCGUCCGACAUUGCAGAUUAUCUUAUGUUCUAGUGUGUUUUUGUUGAAGUUAUCUCAUAACUUACUGUGACCUUAAAUUCAUGCAUUGUUUCUUUUCA